GAUAGUUGAAUUCUGCUGACUUUACCGGAGGUUGAAGUCCAUUCCAUCCCCGAUUCCCAUCUCUGCCUGCCGCCUCCCACCGUGCCCGGCGUCUGCUGCCGCCUCCGCCUAGCCCGGACUCGCCGGCGGCAACCCCUCUCCGGUGCGCGACGUGUGCCUGUCGUGAUUAGUGAGCGUCUCCUCGUCCUCGAUCCCUCCGCAGUUAGUCGCAUCGGUCUCCUCUCAGCCCGUCGCUGGCGACCUUUUAUCACCGGGGGGCAGUAAAGCGAGUGCCAACAGUUUGUUCAAAAGGACAGAAAAGUGUGUGUUAGUUUAAAUGGCUUCGAAGCUCCAAGCCUUUUGGAGCCAUCCCGCUGGCCCCAAAACCAUUCACUUCUGGGCUCCAACAUUUAAAUGGGGUAUCAGCAUCGCCAACAUUGCUGACUUUGCUAAACCACCUGAAAAGAUAUCCUAUCCUCAGCAAGUUGCUGUGGCUUGCACUGGAAUCAUUUGGUCACGCUACAGCAUGGUUAUCACACCAAAAGACUGGAAUAUAUUCAGUGUUAAUGUUGCAAUGGCCGGUACAGGCUUGUAUCAGCUUUCACGUAAAAUAAGGCAAGACUACUUUUCUGAUGAAAAUGAUGCUGCUGCAUCACUUGAAGGAUGAUGACAACAUACAAGAAUAGUCGAUUGAGAAGAGAACCAUACAGCUUUGGAGUCAGUCUCAAUCCAUUCUGGGUUGUAGACACAUGUCAUUUUAUCCAAGAUAGGGAGCCGAUGUUUAUUUCCCUGUUUCUUCUGCACUCAUGAUCAGACCUAUGCGAAAAUUCCCAAAACCGGAAGAAUGUAUGGUAAUAACCUUUUAGCAUGCAAUUAUGAAAUAUCAUGCAAAUACAUGAAAGAACCUUUUAGCA